ACUGAUUCCCUUAUAUCCCCCAACGACAAAGUUUGACAGAACAAUCCGAGGGGCAUAUGCUAAGUGGAAGAACCAUGUUUCGAUGCAAAUUCAGCAAGUUAAGCAGACAAUCUGCCCACAUUUACAUCUAGAAUGGUGUGUCAGAAAUCCAAGAAAGCCAAAGGUCAGAGAUGAGCUGAUGGCAAUGGAUCCGAAGGAGGCUGAUCUCACAGAAUGUGGGCUACCUGAGGAUUCAGUGUACAGACUAUGGUUUAUGCCAGACUCAAGUGAGAAGGAGGAUAGUGUUACUCCACCUGCCACAACAUUACCAAGUGUUACUGGAGGAGACAGAGAUGGCGGUAUGUCUCAAGAAGAAAGAAAGUCAGAGUCACCUGCACCAUCCCAGACCAGGUACUCUACCUCACAAGACAGUGAGGAGAUAGGGACAGAUGCUGUCAAAGACACGUACCUGAGGAGAUUCUCCAUCACUCCAGAAGGUGGACAAGUUCAUCUGAAGGAAGUUGGAGUAUUCUUGUUAGUGCCUCCAGGAGCUCUGGCUGAAACUACAGAAAUGUUCAUUGGUAUAAGUUGGAGAGAAGAAGACAUGCCACCGCUGCCACCAUGUCAGACUAGAGCAAGUCCAGUUGUUGUCUGUGGACCACAUGGCCUCAGGUUCAGAACACCAGUGUACCUGUCAUUUUAUCACUGCAUAUCAGGCACACGUCAAAGAAAGAUGGGAAAGAUCUGUCCUGAAAAUGUAACUCAGAAUUCAAGAAUGGACAAUCCAUUUUACAUAUGGCAGUCAGAAACUCACUUAAAUGCCCCUUGUCGGUGGAAAGUAUUGAGCAGUGAUUCUGCUGUGUUGACAAACACCAAAUGUGUCUUAAUUGUGAACCAGUUCUGCAAACACAGUUUGUCAUGUGACAGUAAGCGCCUUUCUGCCUUGGUGUUUGGGUCAUUUCAGCCUCAACAUGUCCCCUUGCUGAAACUGAUGGUGUGCUGUGUCAAUGAUACCCGAGAUGAGGUAGAGGUGAGAAUUAAUUUAUAA